GGUAAAUCUCGCGAUGGCCUAUAUGAACCUGUCUUGGCGGAGAGUGAACGGGAAGCAGUUGCAGACCUACUCCAAUACCUUGAAAACCGUGGCGAGACCGACUUCUUCUCCGGCGAGCCCUUACGAGCUCUGAGUACAUUAGUCUUUUCUGACAAUGUCGACCUCCAACGAAGUGCAAGCUUAACAUUCGCCGAAAUAACCGAACGAGAUGUUCGCGAGGUCGACCGGGACACCUUGGAACCAAUACUCUUCUUGUUACAAAGCCCUGAUAUCGAGGUGCAGCGAGCUGCAAGUGCUGCAUUGGGUAAUCUAGCAGUUAACACUGAGAACAAGGUAGCUAUUGUUCUAUUGGGUGGCCUCACACCUCUCAUUCGCCAGAUGAUGUCGCCAAACGUCGAAGUGCAAUGUAAUGCGGUUGGAUGCAUUACAAAUUUGGCAACACACGAGGAUAACAAAGCGAAAAUUGCAAGAUCAGGAGCAUUAGGGCCUCUUACUCGCCUUGCCAAAUCGAAGGAUAUGCGGGUCCAGAGAAAUGCUACUGGAGCCCUACUCAAUAUGACACAUUCUGAUGAGAACCGACAACAGCUUGUUAAUGCAGGCGCAAUACCAGUCCUUGUUCAGCUUCUCUCCUCUUCCGAUGUCGACGUCCAAUACUAUUGCACCACAGCGCUCAGCAACAUUGCCGUCGAUGCGAAUAAUAGAAAGAAACUCGCCCAAAAUGAGAAUAGACUCGUGCAGUCUUUGGUCAAUCUGAUGGACUCAUCCUCACCGAAAGUUCAAUGCCAGGCUGCUUUAGCUCUUCGAAACCUGGCCUCUGAUGAAAAGUAUCAACUAGAGAUUGUACGAGCCCGGGGUUUGGCGCCAUUGCUACGACUUCUGCAAUCCUCCUAUCUGCCACUCAUCCUCUCUGCUGUAGCAUGUAUCCGGAAUAUUUCGAUCCAUCCCCUUAACGAGUCUCCCAUCAUUGAUGCUGGCUUCUUAGGACCCUUAGUGGAUCUUCUUGGCUCGACGGAUAAUGAAGAGAUUCAGUGCCAUGCCAUCUCUACUCUCAGAAAUCUUGCGGCCAGCUCUGAUCGCAACAAGGCUCUGGUUCUAGAGGCUGGUGCAGUACAGAAGUGCAAGCAACUUGUUUUGGAUGUGCCUUUGAGCGUCCAGUCGGAAAUGACGGCUGCUAUUGCUGUUCUAGCUCUUAGUGAUGAGCUCAAGACCCACCUCCUGAACCUUGGAGUUUUCGAUGUCCUCAUCCCUCUGACAGACUCACAAAGCAUUGAGGUGCAAGGAAAUAGCGCCGCAGCUCUUGGCAAUCUCUCAUCUAAAGUUGGGGACUAUUCUAUUUUCAUUCAGGAUUGGACAGAGCCCAACGGAGGUAUCCAUGGCUAUCUCAAACGUUUUCUGGCUAGCGGCGAUGCUACAUUCCAGCACAUUGCCAUCUGGACGUUACUUCAACUACUCGAGUCCGAGGACAAGAAGCUUAUCAGCCUUAUUGGAAAGUCGGAGGAGAUAGUUCAAAUGAUCAAGACCAUCGCCGACACUCAGGUGGAAUCCGAUGAUGAGGGCGAAGAGGACGGCGAGGGUGAAGUCGUACAGCUCGCUCAGCGUUCUUUGCAGCUUCUCGGGCAAAAUAAGCCUUCGCACAUCGAAGGCUGAUCCAAAUGUUAUGGUAUAGAUCUUUCUUUGGUUCUGCAUUUGGGACUGGUAGGCGAGGUGUUAUGGCGCAUAUAAUACGGACAUCAUAUUUAGUAGCGAGCAUUGGAGGAGUGCGGAACGGCUUCGCGUUAUUUUGAUCAACGACAACAUCGACGGCAAACAACUGACUCGGUGCUCUUUACGUUUCCUUCUCUGUUCUAGUCGAACCUGUUGCAAUUCAUACCGGACUUUCGACUCUAUUCCAUGUAAUUAGAUAGGCUUAUGAUAUCCAAACCUUCGAAUCAAAAUGUAUCAACGCAAGCAGCGGU